GAGAUGUACAAUACAUUUAUUAGGGCCUUUCUUACGAUGUCCGGUUAAAGUUAACCGGCACUUAACCGGCCGAAUUCUGCCGGUAAUAAAAUCUGUUAUCAGUUGAUUAGCGUUAACCGAUACUUCACUGGACUUUGUAAGAACGGCCCUAACUUUUAUAGUAGUCAGAUUAGUAGAAUUUAUAAAAUAAUACGUUUCACUUUAUUCACUUAAAUAACUUAUAUAAUAAUAAUAACUUAUAUAAUAUUAUACUAUGAUACUAUGAUUAUCAUUUUAUCACCUAAUCAUAAUAUACGGCUCGACCUAACUAUUAACUUAUUAGUAUACAGAAUAGAUUUAUAGAUUAAAUGUUAGUACAAUAGUACCUACUAUAUACCUAACUAGUAACUAGUAAUUUUUUGUAACUUCAUUCUUCAGCAAGCUGUUGGUAAAUAUCAAUUAGAUUAUAGGUAAUUUUAUAGCAAAUAAAAUGUCGAAGAUUGUUGCUAUUGGUUCAUGUUGUACUGAUAUGUUCUUUUAUACAUCAAAAUUGCCUAAUCCUGGACAGACAAUACAUGGAAAAAAAUUUACUUUAGACUUUGGUGGUAAGGGAGCAAAUCAAUGUAUUGCUGCACAGAAACUUGGAGCUGAUACUGUAUUUAUUGGUUGUGUUGGAUCAGACAUUUUUGGUAGAGAUAUUAUAAGUAAUUUUAAACGAUGGGGAGUAGACACUCAAUUUAUAUCAAAAAAAUCAGUUGAUACAGGAGUAGCACAGAUAAAUGUUACUGAUAACGGAGAAAAUUAUAUCAUUAUAGUAGCUGGAGCUAACAGCACAUUACAAAAAGAGGAUGUGGAUAAAGCAUAUGAUUUAUUACUCAAGGAGACUAGUGUUGUACUAUUUCAAUUUGAAACACCACUGGAAACAACAGAGUACAUACUAAAUAAGCUUUCUACUGCAAACAGUAAAUGUUGUAAAAUUGUAAAUGGUGCUCCAGCUUAUACAAAUUCUUAUCAGAAUAUACUUAAAUUAGCUGAUAUAUUUUGUGUUAACGAAUCCGAGGCAGAAAUUUUUACAAAUUGUAUAAAGAAAAUUAAUAGCAUUGAAUCAGCCAAUGAGGUUUUAUCAUUACUUUUAAAACAAGGAUGCAAAAUUGUAAUAAUUACAUUAGGAUCUCUAGGUGCCGUAUUUGCAUCUAAAGAUAAACGAGAACCCCAGUGGGUUAAAGUGCCAAAAGUAGAAAAUCCUAUUGAUACCACUGGCGCUGGUGAUGCGUUUUUGGGAUCUCUGGCUUAUUUUAUUGUUCAUACACCAAAUUUGAGUUUAUAUGAACAAAUUAGAAGAGCAUGUAUUAUAGCUACUAGGACAGUUCAAUUUCAAGGAACUCAGAAAAGUUAUCCUUUAAAACAUGAUUUACCUGAAGAACUUUUUAAUUAAAAAUAUAUACAUGAAAUAAAUAUAUAGUAGUACUUAAUUAUAAUUUAUAUUUUAUACAUUUUUAAAAUUAUGUUAUUUGUUAUAACUUUUAAGUCUUAAAUGAUAAUGUUAUUUUAUCAACGCAUUAUAAAUUAUCCCAAUAAAAUACAUAAUAUUAUUGUCAA